UUAGUUCCCGGUCACCUGAGCGCCCAGCUACGCGACUGCGGGAGCCUAGUGGUGCCGUGCCUUCGGCGGGUGGUGCUGGGAGACCCUGUUCUGUCCCUCUCGCCUCCCGGCCCGCCGCGUCAAGCCGCCCUAGGGCUUGUCGGUUCCUGCCCGUCCUUUCCCAGUCGGGCCGGACCGGGCCGAGCCGGGCCGCCCCAGCGCGCUCGCUAACCAUGGCGUCCCUCUUUAAGAAGAAGACAGUGGACGAUGUAAUAAAGGAACAGAAUCGAGAGUUACGAGGCACACAGAGGGCUAUAAUCAGAGAUCGAGCAGCGCUGGAGAAACAAGAAAAACAGCUGGAAUUAGAAAUUAAGAAGAUGGCUAAGAUUGGUAAUAAGGAAGCUUGCAGAGUUUUAGCUAAACAGCUUGUACAUCUACGGAAACAGAAGACGAGAACUUUUGCUGUAAGCUCAAAAGUCACUUCUAUGUCCACACAAACAAAGGUUAUGAAUUCCCAGAUGAAGAUGGCCGGAGCAAUGUCUACUACAGCAAAGACAAUGCAGGCAGUUAACAAGAAAAUGGAUCCACAAAAGACACUACAAACCAUGCAGAACUUCCAGAAGGAAAACAUGAAAAUGGAAAUGACUGAAGAAAUGAUCAAUGACACCCUGGAUGACAUCUUUGAUGGCUCUGAUGAUGAAGAAGAAAGCCAGGAUAUUGUGAACCAAGUUCUUGAUGAAAUUGGAAUUGAAAUCUCGGGCAAGAUGGCCAAAGCCCCAUCAGCUGCCCGAAGCUUACCAUCUGCCUCCACUUCAAAGGCUACAAUUUCCGAUGAAGAGAUUGAACGGCAACUCAAAGCUUUAGGGGUAGAUUAGCUUAAAAAGCCAUACUAUUUUCACUUACAGUUGCUCAGUGGAAAGCGAGCUCAGUGCAGAUUCCUUUUACAAAACACAUUUAUUUUGCAAAAAUAAAGACCAUGAGUGAACAGUUGUUUCCUAACCCAUGGCUAUUUUGAAUCUUUUGCCAAAGAAUGCCAAUGAUGCAAAAAUGGGAACAGUUUGGGUUUUAAUUAGAACUAUUCAGGAGUGAUGAUGUGUAAAAGUUGACUUCUUUUCUGCAUGGCUUAGAGCAAUGAUGUCAUUCCUUAGUGUCAGGUUAUGUUCUAAAUCUUCUUACACUGAAAUCAAAAUUCUUGUUAAAUGCCAUUAGGCACCAUCUCAAAGAGAAUUCUAAAAUUAUUAAAGGUAUAUCGUUAAUUCUGUAUCUGCUGCUUGUAAUUGUAGACAGUUAUGUGUUAGGACCAUAGGCAGUUCAGCUGCCAAAUUAUUUUUAAAUGAUCUAAAAGAAGAGUGCUAUUUAAACAUCUGUCUUAAAAAUUGUCAUGAGCUUUUACUUUUCUUCCAUUUUCCCCCUUUGGGAGAACAUUCUAGUUGGUAAGUUUAUUACCUUUCAAAAUGUGCUCGGCACCUGCCUUAAAUAGCACAAACAUAUUGUGCACAUCUUUAAAUUUUUUAACUGGCAGAAAAGAAUUACAUUUUAAAAUAAAAUUAAGACUUCUUAGAACAGUUAUCCAAGCUGUCUUGUAAAGCUUAUAAAAACAAAUUGAAUAUAAUUAGAAAAAUGAAAAAAGGCACUGAAUUAAUAACAUUUUGUAGUAAUGAAACAAUAUAUUUUGGCUUUUCCUUAAAAAACUGAGAUUUUUUUCUAUAUGAGUUACAUCUUAAUCUGUGCUGAAUUUUGAACUGCAUCAAUGCAUAUGUUAAACCCUCUAAAUUGAAGCCAUUCUAAAUUAAGUACUACCAGUAUGACAAUGCUUGACCUAGAUUUUUAAAAUAAAACUUUCUUUUUGCUGAAUAAACUACAACUUUGUCAGAAAUUA